AUGGAUUAUGCAUCAGGUAGAGCAGACGUAAUCUCAACCCUAAAGCUAAAGAGAAGCCGUGGAUGGCUCAACAUUGAAGGAUGGACUCUGAUGAUGUGGUGGGAGCCACAAUUGCUCGUCAGCAAGCAAUGGGACCCUCUCUGGUUUUACUCGCUUGCUUCCAUCCAAACACUUGCCUUUGGUGCAGGCAUCGCUGGAUUCAUAAGUGGUUUGUCUUUAUCUCACAAACUCAGUUCCAACGUUACUCGUCACAAAAUCAUAGGAAUUCUCGUUCUGGUCCUUGGAUGCCUCCAGGUCUUGGCCUUGGUAUUGCGACCAGGAAAGAAAUCAAAAGUAUUAAGAAAAUUCUGGAAUUAUUACCAUCACAACAUUGGAAGGAUCUUAAUGAUGUUUGCAAUAUUUAACUCUUUCUAUGGACUUCACUUGGGAAGAGAAGAAUCUAAGUGGUUCACUGGUUAUGGAGCAAUUGUUUCCUUCUUGGUUCUUGUGGCUAUCAUUUUGGAGAUAAUAAUGCAAAAUAAAACUUGGACCCCAUCAUCAACGUGGACCACUAUCGGGCCUAAAACAGAAGCUGGAAAGCACUUGACUCUGCUACCGCGAACGGGAGAGUCCCGGAUGGCAGGAAGGGGAUGA